ACACGUACCCAUGAUGCUCUUCUAUGGCGGUUUUCUUGGUCGCGAACUGUGCGAACGCUAGGGACCACGUUUUUCUCUCCGCAAUGAGAAGUUGCAUUGUUUACUUUCACUGAUCGACGCUACGUUAGUGAGCCGGCAAUCUGAAACGCUGCGCGUUUGGUGAACCAAAGUGAGAAAGAUUCCACUGCAGCACAAUGGGAACAAGGCGGACGCUCCUGGAGUAUGCCUCUGACGUCGUCCAACUGUGCCCUGGCGAGAAAACAGCCCAAGAGCUCUAUGAUGACCUCUGCACCGUCAAAAGCUUCGUCAGCUUGAAGGAAAUGAACCUCAAUCUUCGCUGUACGCACAGUGAAGUCAGCAACUGCUACAUCUUUGAUGACCUCGUCCCUUGGAAUGAGUGCUUGUGCAUCCUGAACCUGGAGCUGAAAGAAACGGUGCCCGGAAAGCUCGGUGUUCUCCCUCUCCACCACCGACCUCUGCCCGAGACAUCACACUCCAAAAGCAAUCUUGCAUAUACCCUUCUUCAUUGGCUUUUACAGGAGCAUCGCUGCAUCGUGGCUCUUGAGCUCAAAGGCGAGGCCAUUUCUUGGCGACACAAACUUCUCUUUGACGCCAUGGGUCGCUGCUCUGGGUUGAGAAAACUCAGGGUGACCUGCUGUAAUGCAGACAACACGGCAGGCUGUGCCGACGACCUGGUCACUACCAUAGGCGCUCUGGAGAAGCUGGAAAAGCUGGAGCUUGAAACCCUGAUACUGUCUCUGCCUGCACAGAAGAAGCUUGUGCAUAAUUUUUGGCAUUUGCAUUCACUGAAGUCAUUGGUGCUUUUGGGCGUCGAUGCUCUCGACGACGACAAACCCACCGACGAGAACCCAAGUGCUUCUUUCCUGUUCGGAGAGUAUUUGGCAAAUAACACAUCACUGAAGAAACUGACAAUUGGUCUGGGCCCAUAUCAGGUGCCUCAGUUAGAGGCAGUGCUCCAGGCACUGAGAGAAAGCAAAUCUCUCAUGAAGUUGAGCUUUGACUAUGUGAAACUCGGGACUGAGCAGCUGGAGCUCCUCAGUGAAGUUGUGGCUGAGAACACCACUCUCCGCAUCCUGCAUUUUUCCUGGUUUUCUUCCAGCUUUGAGUUGAAAACACUUGCCAAGCUCAUUGAGAGGAAUGCAGGGCUACAUGAGCUUCAGGUGGGUAGCAUUAAGAUUAAGGACAUUGCUCCUUUGGCACUCGCCAUUCAAGCAAAUAGAACUCUCAAGAAACUAGGCUUCUUUUGGCAAUACAUGAACACCAAGAAUGCAGUCGGCUUCUAUGAGGCCCUAGCGAGCAACAGUUCACUAGAAUGUGUCUCAGUAGGUGAGGUCUGUGAUGGUAAACUGGCCAAGUUUUACAAGACGCUGGUAGCGUCAGGGAUGAAAGAAAAGAUCAAAUUCAGCACUGUUAUCACAGACCCCUUUCGCCUGCUACAGGUCCUUCACAGAUGGCCCGACCUUGCAGAGAUAGUCUAUGAAAACUCCUACGAGAAUGAAGUUUCUCCUAGCCUGUGCUAUGGCAUCCAGAUGAUGACCUCAAGCUCACACCUACUUCAGCUGACAAUCUGCAUAGAAGCACCACUCACCAAAGAGCUUGCCAACUCUCUGGUGAUAUUGCUGUCAACCACAAGGACACUCAAGCGAGUCCACCUUGAAUUUGGCCAAUCAAAACCGUAUACGCACAUUGUACUGGACAAGGGUCUUAGCCUCAACAACACCAUCGCUUGGUUGUCCCUCGUCAACUGGCAGUUCACAGAGCUCGAUGCCGCGGUGCUUGGCUUGGCACUCAAAGGGAAUGUGACUCUUAACGGACUGCUCAUUGCGUGUGACAAGGCGUCCUCUGUGGCUUUGGUGGCAGAGCUAGGGAAAUGCAUCCACGUGAACCAUCACCUGCUCGAUUUCGUAGUGAAGAAACGAAGCACGCCUGAACCUCAGGUAUACAAGCAGUUUGAGAUUGACCAUGUAAUACGACGGAACAUGUCCCACGUCCACCGUGCCGUUCAGUUUGUGAUGGGUCGGGAUGGCCAGUGCUUUGCCGAAGCAUUCGAGAUGUUGUGCCGGAGUGAGGUGCUGGUGGAGAGGGUUAAAAAGGCAGGUUCUUUGGCGGAGUGCGAGGCGAAAGAGAAGAUUGCGGAGCGCCUGAAUCACCUCAAGAUGGACUUCAUGGUGGCAGUCGGGAUUGUCCGCAAAAGUGUCGGUUGUGACCGGCCAGAUAGGGGUGGAGUGCAGCUGGAUCAGAUUGGGAUCGACAACUGGUUGCGCAUUCGGUCUUACUUGAAGGCAGCGGACAUCAAGAAACGGUCGGCGGCGGACCAGUAAGAACAAGGUCUCUGCAGAAUUUCAGCAGAGAAUGACAUUUUGCUGUGAUAACUUGUUUCUUAUCCUCAUGGCGUGUUUUUCUCUGAUGAUCCUUCAAGUGGUACAAGUUUUAGACCACUUCUUCUGUGAGUUUGAAGCAAGUUUUGGUUUUUAGUACCUGCUUCAAGUAUAGUUUCUCAGCUUUAAUUUUCACUACAAGCUUUGUGUUGUCUUUUGCCUUGUGUUUUGCGACAUUUUGUGUAUUGAGAUUAUUUAAUAAAUUUGCACUCGUUUAUCAACAUG